AUGCCCCGCGGCCUCCUCCUGCUGGUAGUUGUCCCUAGCCCAGAUAAACUUUCAUUGGAAGGAAUAGUGGUUCAACGUGCUGAAUGCAGACCUGCAGCUAGUGAAAAUUAUAUGAAACUGAAAAGGCUACAGAUAGAAGAAUCUUCUAAACCUGUAAGACUAUCACAGCAAUUGGACAAAGCUGUAACAACCAAUUAUAAACCUGUGGCUAAUCAUCAGUAUAAUAUUGAGUAUGAAAAAAAGAAAAAAGAAGAUGGAAAACGAGCUCGGGCUGAUAAGCAGCAAGUGUUGGACAUGCUUUUUUCUGCCUUUGAAAAACACCAGUAUUACAACAUUAAGGACUUGGUGGACAUAACCAAACAGCCUGUGAUAUAUUUGAAAGAAAUUUUAAGAGAAAUAGGCAUCUACAAUGUUAAGGGAACCCACAAAAACACAUGGGAGCUGAAGCCAGAAUACAGACAUUAUCAAGGAGAAGAGAAGAGUGAUUAAUGCAACUGUUAAUGAAGCAAACACAGAGGUUAUAGAAUAAUGGGACUGCACUGAGGGAACACUGCAGUUAAACUGACUGGAUUGAGCACAAUUCAGUACCAAGAGAUCUUAAAAAGAGUAAUACUUUGUAAUUUGCUUGGCUUCAUUUUUAAAAACAAAUUUCUUGGACGUUUCUAUACAUUUGUCUUGUUUUUGACAAAGAAAUUUACAGAAUAAACUUGUAUUAGAUUUAUCUUUAUUAGGAACCUUUUGAGUUUUGGCUUUAUUUUUUAAGUAGUUUUGUUAAAUAUUGAUAACUUUAAAGUAAAACAUACUUUAGAGGGAUCUGUAACUUUGUGUUUUGCAUCCCAGCAGUACUGAGUUUUUUACAUCCUAUUCUACUGUGUUCCUUAGGGGCCUGAUCCUGAGAGGUGCUGAUCAUCCAUAGUUAAUACUGAUUGGGAGUUUAAGAGCACUCUGUGCUUUUUAGGAUCAGUCUUCAGUCAUGACACUCAUGGUGAUCCUAAGUCUUCCUGAGAACAAAUAAAGCUCAGCUUA